AUGACUGGUAGUUUAAAUAGUAAUAAAGUUAUAGUAGAUGAAGAAUUGUCUAUGCAAUCAACUAAUGAGAGUGAGCUGUUUUGUGAUCAAGUCAAUUUCAAAGCAAAUUUUGGUCAGCUAUCUCUUGAGAUAUUAAAGUUUUUGUGUCAAGAAAUGGGUAUUUCUGAUGUUGGUUUAAAACAAGAUUUAAUUAGUAGGUUAGUUAAGGAGUAUAAAAGUAGAGAAGAGUUAUCUGAGGAGUUGUUUGGAAAGAGUAGUAAUAAGUUUGAAGGAGAGAGUUUGGAAGCUAAAGUGACAGGAGUGCAUCAGGUAUUGCAGUUUUCUGAAGAAAAAGAUAAAUUUAAAAAGGGUCAGAAGUCAGAUGCUCAACAGGAAUAUAUGUCAAACUUGUUUCCAAAUUUACAGCAAGGUCUAUCUUUUGCUCUAGUGGAGUUAGUACUAGCAACUUCAUGUAUAGGACCUAGCAAUAUGAAUCCUUUUACAGCAGGGUAA